AAUGAGUGGAAGCAUGUAUGAUUUAUCAGUAGCCACAUAUUCUUAGGAGGGACGUAUCUAUUAGGUAGAAUAUGCAACAAAAGCAGUUGAGAAUUCAGAGUAAUUUGAAUAAAUCUAAUUAGGACUGUGAUUGGAGUGAGAUGUAAAGAUGGAGUCAUUUUGGGAGCAGAGAAAUAAAAAUUUUCUAGAUUAUUGGAAGACAAUACAAAUAAGAGAAUUUAUAAUAUCGAUCUCUAAACUGGAAUGGCUUUAUGUGGAAAAUUGCCAGAUGGAAGAAACAUUUUAUAAAGAGCAAAAGCUGAGUCAUCUUAAUAUUAAGAUAUGUAUGCUAUUCCAGCAUCUGCCCAUGUAUUAUCAGAUAGAGUAGCAUAAUAUGUUCAUGCCUACACAAUGUAUUCUGGAGUAAGACCUUUUGGAUCUGCAAGUAUUAAUAUUCAUCUAAUUAUUUCAGCAUUUAUUGCAAGUUACAAUACUUUUGAUGGUUAUGAAUUGUACAUGAUUGAACCAUCAGGAAACAAAUAUGCUUAUCAUGCAUGUACUCAUGGAAAAGGUAGAGCUGUUUGUAAAUCAGAAUUUGAAAGAAGAAAUUUCAAAGAUCUUACAUGUUAAGAAGCUUUAGUCUAUAUUGCUAAAAUGUAAUAAAUAUAUAUUAAUAUUAUUAAGGUUAAUUUUAGCACAUGAAGAAUUCAAAGAGAAGAAAUAUGAAUAUGAAAUGACUUGGAUUACUGAUAACAAUGGACGUAAACAUCAAAGUGUCCCUCAAGAUUUGAUUAAUAAUGCUGUAUAAUAAGCUGAAUAAUUAAUUGAACAAGAUUAAAUUGGAGAAUGAUC